ACAACAUAGAGAAUUGGAGGAGAGAGAGUGAUCUCUCAGUAGCUCAUAGUGUGUUUUGAGUUGCUUGUAGGGUGUGCCUAUUUAUAAGGUGGAAUUCUAUCCAAUUAAUAUCUCAAGCACACCUACAAAUGUGAUUGAAACUCAUCUCACUAAUUUACUUGAUUUGGACUUUGCUGUAGACAUUGAUGUUCAUAUUAAUCCACUUGGGUCGAGUCAAACUUUGGCCCAGAGUCUCAAAUAGACUAAUCAAGCACUAAUCUAAUGUUUGGCAGCUUGGAUUAUGGAAGAGGCCAAGCUGAUAGAUGAGUUAAUGGAAUAAAUACCUAGCAAAAAGGGAAUUCAAAUUUUUAGCUUCCAGUAAAGCAAUCUCCUAUACUACAUUCAUUGAUCAUUUGAUUCCAAAAACGUAAACAUUGAAAACAUUUCAGCAAUAUAUACCAUGCCCAACAUAUAUUACAAUAGAUCUGCUCAAAUUGCAAUUUAGUUACAAAAGAUUUUAGACACCAACACAUACAAAAUUAUUUAUGCAUUUCUUUGCUGCUUUGUAUCAUGUUCUAUCUCUUGACUUGGUUGACUGUACCCUCGUAAGAGCUAUAUAAUAUGCCAUUUAAAAAAAUAAAAAGAAAAAAAGAAGAAGAGAGAGAUAGCAACAUAAACCAAUCAAUCUAAAUUUAAUUCAGGUGUUAAUGAUCAGAGAUUUGGACGCAAUACAUUGGUAGUUAGAUAUCAAGAGAUAGAGAUAGAUAGAUAGAGAGAGAGAGAGAGAGGUCUGACCACCAAGAUAACCUUCAGUUGACAUUUGAAUAUGAUCCCUAUCUUUAUUGCAAAAUUCUCGUUACAAUUGGAGCAGCAGCUCAUCCAGCCACCACGUGAUUCCUCGCAUGCUACACCCGCCAAAUGGACCGCUGUCUUCUUCCUCCCAAAGGCAUCUUUUCAGUGAAAACUUCUAUUUAAAACUAAUCUACUUCACCUUCUCCUCUGUUUCUUUCCUACUGUUUUUUCCAUCUACCACUUUGAUUCCCAGUGAUGAAGCUUCAACUUCUAAGCUUCCUCUCAGUUCACUUGCUACUACUGCUCUCAGUGCCUGCCUCCUCCUCUCCAUGUCACUUCCCUGCUGUCUUUAAUCUUGGGGACUCCAACUCCGACACCGGUGGGCUGUCGGCCACCUUUGGGCCAUUGACUUACCCUUAUGGGGAGUCUCUCUUCGGGAAGCCUGCAGGCAGAUACUCGGAUGGCAGACUCAUUAUCGACUUCAUCGCUGAAAGCCUUGGAUUGCCUUAUAUCAGUGCCUAUCUGGAUUCCAUGGGCACCAAUUUUAGCCAUGGUGCAAAUUUUGCGACUGCGCUGUCUACAAUACUUCCACAGAAUAUAACUCUAUCUCAGGGUGGUUACAGUCCAUUCUCCUUAGAUGUGCAGCUGAAGCAGUUCUUGCAGUUCAAGUCCCGGUCUCAAAUGAUCUAUAAUGAAGGAGGAAUCUACAAGGAUUUGAUUCCCAAAGAGGAGUACUUCUCUCGGGCGCUGUAUACAUUCGACAUCGGUCAGAACGACCUCACUGCAUUCUACUUCCUCAACGAGUCCACAGAAGAAUACAUUCCCAAUGCUCUGAAGGAAUUCUUCAGAGUGGUCAAGAGCAUAUAUGAGGAGGGAGGGAGAUCAUUCUGGAUCCACAACACUGGUCCACUAGGCUGCCUUCCCUAUGUUCUGGUGCAAGGCCACCUUGCACCAUCAGAUUUAGACUCAGCUGGCUGUGCAAUUCGUUACAAUAAAUUAGCCCAAGAAUUCAAUAGAAUGCUCAAUGACACAGUGGCUCAGCUCAGAAAGGAUCUCCCUCUUGCAGCAUUCACAUUAGUGGACAUGUACUCCAUUAAGUACUUGCUCGUAAGUCAGGCAACAAAGCAAGGGUUUGUGCUACCGUUUAGAGCUUGUUGCGGCUACGGUGGCGGCGUCUACAACUACAAUUCUAAUUUUCGGUGCGGAGAUAUGGCGAAGGUGAAUGGAACUAUGAUACUUCUUGGGAAGUCAUGUAGGAAUCCCAGGAAAAGAAUCAAUUGGGAUGGAGUUCAUUACACUGAGGCUGCAAACAGAUGGGUGUUUAAUCAGAUCUCCAGGGGGGCUUUUUCAGACCCUGCUAUGCCAUUGAGCAUGGCAUGUCACAGGAAGACACCAACAAAAUGAUACUUACUGAUAGCACUUUGUGCCAAUAAAGCUCAUUGCAAACAAAAAUUGGUCUCCCAAUCUUUGAACUCUGGCACAAGGUAAUACUCCUGGAAUGUGAAUGACAGCAUCUUCGCAUACCAUCUCCGCAACUUCAACUUAUGCAUAGGAUCUACUCAUUUCUGAAAUUUGAAGUCAGAAGAAAUUGUUCAAAUAGAAAAUCAUAAACUUUAUAUAUACUGUCAUUCUUCUAUAUCUAGUAUAAAAUAUAAACUAUAUAAACCCUUGUUGAGACUUUUAUAUAUAUAUAUAUAUAUAUAUGGUACAACAGCUGCUUACACUUUAGGGUGAGUGCAACCAGCAGAGUUGAUGGAAAGAAGAUGGCGUAAGGAUGAAGAGGAGGCUACAAAACAUGUCUAAAGAACUUUUUCUGAGUGGUAAGCAGCGAAAGAGGCGACCCAGUCUGCAACCAUAUUCGUCUCUUGAUACACAUGAGCAACCUGAAAUGAGUCAAUGUCUUGCUAUCCUGCAGAUAUCCUUGAGCAGUGGGCGGUCAUCUCCCCUUCACUUCUUAUUCUAAAUCCACUCGACCACCAUCGCUGAGUCUCCUUCUAGAAAGAUGUUGUUAGCCUCUAUAAUACACCUUGCGAAGGUUUCGAAUGUAUCUUCAUGAUGUGUCUCUCCUCCACAUGCAUUGCACAUGUUCAAACUCUUGCGCCACAAUAUAACAACAGGUUGCAAAUGUAACCUUCUUUACAAUAAAUUCAAAGCAUGCAAGUAUCCUUCUAGUUC